CUGAGUGAAAGGACUUUACCAUCUUCACAUCUGGCUCAUCGGGAGAGACUUUCAUCGAUACUCUGCUCUCAUGGCUUCUUCUUCCUCUUCUUCCUCGCCUCGCACAUGGAGAUACCGCGUCUUCACGAGCUUCCACGGACCUGACGUCCGCAAAACCUUCCUCACUCACCUACGCAAGCAGUUUAACUGCAACGGGAUAUCGAUGUUCGACGAUCAAGGGAUCGAGAGAGGCCACACCAUCGCCCCUGCUCUCACACAAGCGAUCAGAGAAUCGAGGAUCUCUAUCGUGGUGUUAACGAAGCACUAUGCUUCUUCCAGGUGGUGUUUGGAUGAGCUUUUGGGGAUUCUGAAAUGCAAGGAAGAGAUCGGGCAGAUAGUGAUGACCAUCUUCUACGGAGUAGAUCCUUCCGAUGUUCGGAAACAAACCGGAGAUUUCGGGAAAGUCUUCAAGGACACAUGCCGUCGUAAAACAGAGGAAGAGAGGCGAAGAUGGAGCCAAGCUUUGACCGAUGUGGGAAACAUAGCUGGGGAACACUUUCUCAACUGGGACAAGGAAUCGGAGAUGAUUGAAAAGAUUGCGAGAGAUGUCUCAAACAAGCUUAAUGCUACAAUCUCUAGGGAUUUUGAAGACAUGGUUGGUAUUGAAGCACACUUGGAUAAGAUGCAGUCUUUGUUACAUUUAGAUGAUGAGGAUGGAGCUAUGUUUGCUGGAAUCUGUGGCCCUGCUGGCAUUGGUAAGACUACCAUUGCUAGGGCUCUACAUAGUCGACUCUCUAGCAGUUUUCAUCUUACUUGUUUUAUGGAGAAUCUUCGAGGAAGCUGUAAUAGUGGUCUCGACGAGUAUGGAUUGAAACUGCGUUUACAAGAGCUACUUCUUUCAAAGAUUUUUAACCAGAAUGAUAUGAGGAUAUACCAUUUAGGUGCGAUACCGCAAAGAAUGUGUGACCAAAAAGUUCUUAUCAUUCUUGAUGAUGUGGACGAUCUGCAGCAGCUUGAGGCUCUGGCUGAUGAAACUAACUGGUUUGGUGAUGGAAGCAGGAUUGUGGUGACCACGGAAGAUCAAGAGCUUUUGGAGCAACAUGGUAUCAACAAUACAUACUAUGUGGAUCUUCCGACUGACGACGAGGCUCGUAAGAUUUUUUGUAGAUAUGCUUUCAGACGGAGCUUAACACCAUAUGGUUUUGAAACUCUUGUCGAAAGAACAACAGAGCUUUGUGGCAAACUUCCUUUUGGUCUCCGUGUUCUUUUACGCGGAAAGAAAGAAGACGACUGGGAAAGUAUAUUGCAAAGGCUAGAAAAUAGCAAUAUACCAAAGAUCGAUGCAGUACUUAGAGUUGGAUACGACAGUUUACAUGAGAACGAACAAACUCUGUUUCUCCUCAUUGCCAUCUUCUUCAACUACCAAGACGAUGGUCACGUGAAAACAAUGCUCGCUGACACUAACUUGGAUGUCAGACUCGGCUUGAAAACUCUCGCUUAUAAGUCUCUCACAAAAAUAUCUAGCCAAGGAAAAAUAGUGAUGCACAAGUUACUACAACAAGUGGGCAGACAAGCAGUUCAAAGACAAGAGCCUUGGAAACGUCGGAUCUUAAUUGAUCCUCAAGAGAUCUGCGAUGUUCUUGAGCCUUGGAAACGCCAAGUCCUAACUGAUACCGAUGAGAUUCGCGAUGUCCUUGAAAAUGAUUCUGGUAGUAGAAAUUUGAUGGGGGUAUCUUUUGAUAUGUCUACAAUCUUACACGACAUGGAUAUUAGCGCAAGAGCUUUUACAAGUAUGCGUAAUCUUCGAUUUCUCAAGGUCUACAAAACAAGAUGUGAUACAAAUGUUAGAGUGCAUUUACCCGAGGACAUGGAGUUUCCACCUCGUCUGAGGUUAUUACACUGGGAGGUAUACCCGAGAAAGUUUCUUCCUCGUACAUUUUGUACUGAACAUCUUGUGGAACUCUAUUUAAGAGAUACCGAGCUCGAGCAAUUAUGGGAGGGAACCCAGCCCCUCACAAAUCUCAAGAAGAUGUUUUUGGGUUCGUGCCUGUAUCUUAAGGAACUUCCGGAUCUUGCAAAAGCUACAAACCUAGAGAAAUUGAGGUUGGAUCGGUGCAGGAGUUUGGUAGAGAUUCAUUCCUCUGUUGGAAACCUUCAUAAACUAGAGAGUUUGGAAGUGGCUUUCUGUUAUAAUCUACAGGUUGUUCCGAAUCUUUUCAACUUGGCAUCUCUUGAAUCAUUCAUGAUGGUGGGAUGCUACCAACUGAGGAGUCUUCCAGAUAUUUCUACGACCAUCACAGAACUCUCAAUCCCAGACACACUGUUAGAAGAGUUUACUGAACCAAUUAGGCUCUGGUCUCACCUUCAGAGACUCGAUAUAUAUGGCUGUGGGGAAAAUUUGGAGCAAGUGCGAAGUGACAUAGCUGUUGAGAGAAUUCCAGACUGCAUCAAAGAUCUCCAACGGUUAGAAGAACUAACUAUAUUUUGCUGUCCAAAACUUGUAUCACUGCCAGAGCUCCCUAGGUCGCUCACAUUACUAAUAGUAUACGAAUGUGAUUCACUGGAGACACUAGCACCUUUCCCUUUAGGUUCUGAGAUUGAAGCUCUCUCUUUUCCCGAAUGCUUCAGAUUGGAUCGAGAAGCAAGGAGAGUAAUUACCCAGCUGCAAUCAUCAUGGGUAUGCCUACCUGGAAGAAAUAUACCUGCGGAGUUCCAUCACCGGGUUAUAGGAAAUUUCUUGGCCAUAUGCUCAAAUGCAUACCGAUUUAAGCUUUGUGCCGUGGUUUCCCCUAAACAGGUGAUGGUGGAAGAUGAAGAUAUAGAAUUACUGUGUCACAUACUCAUAAAUGGUUGCCCCAUGAAGAGCCCCAUUAAGAGCAUAUAUAAUCUUAGGAUUAGAAUCCAAUCAGAACAUCUGUUUAUAUUUCCCUCCACAAUGCUCAAGGAAGACCGACAGCUUGGACAAUACAGUGAGAUAUUGUUCAAAUUUAGCACCACAUCUCAGAACACUGAAAUUAUUAAAUGUGGUGUCCAAAUCUUGAGGGACAGAAGAAGCUGUGAUUCUAAGUCAGAACAAGACGACGAUGAAAGUCUCUACAGCAGCCUUGACUAUGAUGCACCAAGAGUAGAUACCAUUAACUUACUAAAGGAACAUAAAGACUUGAUAAGUGAUUAUUUCACAUCAUUCUUUUCCUUGUGAGUUCAAUUUCAGGUGGUUCCUUUGUAUAACUUCCUUUUAAGACUGGGGUAUGUGAUCAUGUCCUAGUCAUCUUUGUAUUUUACAUUUUUACCCGUCAAGACAAUGUUCAUUAGUUGUGUAUGGACUUCAGCUAUCUAGUCGUUUUUUAAUUUUGUUCACGUUGUUGACAA